ACUACAUCUUGUAAUUAAUUAAACAUUUACAACACUUUUACUUCUAACUCACUACAUAAUUACUGUGAUAUUGUUUAGAGGACUAUGGUGAUAUCAACGGUGCUCAUCAUCACAUAUUAAAUCAGACAGCCUUGGCUUAAGGAUGAUUCUACAUCAAGACCACACCACUAAUACUGACUCCUGGUGCAGUAUCUGUCAUACUUGGACACAGUCAUGGGGAAAGAUAGCAAUCUUGCACUUGCCUGCCUACUGUUACCUACUAGCCCAAAAGGUGUAUUUUGAGGUCUUAUUUCCUGGGCCUUGUGUCAUUUUACCUGAUAACCUUGCUUUUAACGAUCACAUCCAUCCGAACACCUCUGAAGAAAGUGAUAUGCUUAUGAAUCCAGCAGAAUGUUAAUGGACAGGGAGAACAAACAUCUAUAUUUGGAAAAAUAUUCUUGUCCGGUACAGUUAACCCUAACUGUAGAUGCAAACAAAAGCCACAUAUAGCUUUCAUGUGACUCUGUACCUGGUCUAGAGCCCGUUGUGGUGUAGUUGUGAUUGUUUUUGGUUUUAUGUGAACAUGUAAGUGCAUUUUGUGGCUUUGCAUGUUUGCCUGUUCUUGUCAUUUUCUGCUGGUGAUCAAGUCAUGCCACGUGGAAGAAAUGUCAGCAACAGCUGUUGCCUCCCACUGCACCUGAAUGAGGACAAUGCCCGUUUUGGCUUGCUGGCAGCCCUUAUACUCCUCUACCUGCUCUGUGGGGCGGUAGUGUUCUCCGCUCUGGAACAUCCCUCUGAGCUGGAGGCCCACAAACGCUGGGAGGAACAGCUAGCCAACUUCACCCAGCAAAACAGUAUAAACCUGAACUCACUCGAGUCCCUGCUAAAGCAAUAUGAGGAGGCAUUUGUGGCUGGGGUACGUGUAGACAAACUACGGCCCCGCUGGGACUUUUCUGGGGCAUUUUACUUUGUUGGUACAGUGAUCUCCACUAUUGGCUUUGGCAUGACCACUCCCGUUACCAUUGCAGGUAAGAUCUUUUUGAUAUUCUAUGGACUUAUUGGUUGUGCAGCAACAAUCCUCUUCUUCAACCUGUUCCUGGAGCGCAUCAUCACAAUGUUGGCCUACAUCAUGCGCUGGUGUCACGAGCGCCAACUGCGACGCUCAGGCGUGGGAGGUGUGGAGUCCAGGAGUGAGGACGAUAGUUUGGAGGGUUGGAAGCCAUCGGUCUACUACGUCAUGCUCAUUCUAGGCAUAGCCGCCCUGCUGAUUGCCUGCAGUGCGUCCGCCCUCUACUCUGCCAUGGAGGACUGGGACUACUUUGAGUCCUUUUACUUCUGCUUUGUGGCCUUCAGCACCAUUGGGUUUGGAGAUCUGGUAAGCAGCCAAAGAGAGAGCUAUGAUGCUCAGGAGGCCUACCGUCUUGGCAACUGCCUCUUCAUCCUUAUGGGUGUGUGUUGUAUUUAUUCACUAUUUAAUGUCAUCUCCAUCAUCAUCAAGCAAACUCUCAACUGGAUCCUUGCCAAACUGGACCGCAGCAGGGCUCAGUGUCCAUGCCGUGGCCGGCCAUACAGGAGGCGAGGUCAAGCCUGCUGCUGCUGCUUCCCUCAAAUACUAAGCCAGCACCACAAUCACCACCCUCCACCAGGAAAUUCCAGGCAGAGGGCUCCAAAACGCAAUGCCGUGCACCCUGCCCCGCAUAACGAGGCGGCAGGAAAGCAGCGCUUCACUAAUGCGUCAGUGGAAACAGUUUGUGAUAGUGAGACUGAUGCUGGCUUAGGACCAGAUGGAGGUUAUCUGACAGGGCGCAGACUGUCUGGAGAAAUGAUCUCAGUCAAUGACUUUAUGGCCAACAAGGUUUCUCUGGCCAUUUUACAGAAGCAGCUCUCUGAGACUGCUCACGGCAAUCCAAGACAGAGCCAUGUUCGCCAGAAUGGCUUCUCCGGUGGAGUAGGCGCCUUUGCUAUCAUGAAUAACCGCCUUCAGGAGACAAGUGUUGACAGGUAGCUCAUUUAUACAAAGGUGACAUUGGAUAUUGCACAUUAUUUACAUAUAAAUGUAUAAAGGGUUUUAUUAAAACUCAAAUGAUCUGACAUUCAGAACAACUCCAUGGGAAAAUGUUUUAAAAUUAAAUACCCUUCAGUUUGCAGAGGUUUUAUCGUUAAUUGCAUGCAAUUGAAGAUGUACAUUGCAAAUUUACUGUUGUAAUAUACAGUACAGAGCAAAUUAGAUAAAUUUAAAAUGGCCAAUUUACUUAUAUGUAUCACAAGGACAGUGAAUGUUAUAUUAGGAUAAUGGCGAGCAUCUAUGAAUGGUUUCAUUUUUAAGAAGCAGACAGCUCUCAGUAUUUUACAUCAUUAUAAACAAACCAAGGAAUUUUAAUGGUAACAUCGCUUCCCAGUGUCACUUUGAUGCUGAAGUGAUUGGCUGGUAUGGUGAGCAAUCACACUGUUUCACUGGAGAGAUCCUUUAGUGGCUCUUCAAAACAGACUGAUUUUCAAGAGCCAGGCAGAUGUAGCAAGAACACUUACAAAGAGACAGUCCCAGGGGAAAAUGACAAGUGUCAAAUCAAAGGGAGAUGGUCAGUAUUGUAUUGUUUAAUCAUUUAUAUGACACCGCAGACAGUAUUGAUUGUCCUAAGAAAUAAAUUAUAUAAAAUGAAUACAGAUAAAUUUAAUAUGAUCAAGAAAUGCAGAUCUAUCAAGCUGUCUAAAUAAUAAAGCAAAUUAUUCGUUGAUAGAUUGUAUAGUAUUGUAAACACUAAUUUUACUUUGUUAAAUAUUUAUUUUGAUAUUUAUAUUUUUGUGUUAAAUGUAAAACUUUCAAAAAUGGCAUGUCGUUCAAGGAAGUCUGACUCUCUACUGCCCCCUCCUAACUGAUUGGUG